AUGACCAAGUACGGGCCUCCAAUCAGUACCGCCCGGGCAGAUGCGGUUUUCUCUCAUGGGAUAGGAUAUGAGCUGGACCCACAAACAUCAAGAAUUACAUCUGCUUGGUCUUGGAAGUCGGAGAUAUCUGGCCAGGAGCUGUGGUACACCGAAUUCGCCGAGCCAGCCCAGAAGGAGUCUGAAAAUCUUGGUCAUAUCAUUGACUGGCUUCGAACCCUGUGUAAGAGCUGUGUUAACGUGACCCUGGUCUUUGCGUCACUUGAUAACCAAGAGAUUGGACCCUUCGAGAUGGCCGAUCGCGAGAGCAAAAAACUGUCACGUCCAGGACGAAUGUUUUGUGGCCCAAAUUAG